AUGGCCCCUCCCGGCGGCACCACUCUCAUAAACUACAACUUCUGCACUCGUUCCGUCUUCCUCUUUGUCCCGACAUAUUUCCUCACUCUUCUUGUAACCUCCACUCUUCUGAUAUCCACACCGAAAGGCUCUCUCACACGAUAUGCCUCUCUACCUAUUAUCGCCUACCUCUGCCUCCGAAUCUUCAACUACGGCGCCGCUACAUUCCCACACAAUGUUGUCGGUCUAAUCGACUGGGCCGGUAGCGCCUACAAUGUUUUCUUAAUCUCAAGCACCCUCCUCCAGCUCGAGGGGAUUGAUUCGACUGACCCCGUUAUUUCAAAACCCGUCAAUGGUCGUCCGCCAGGAUAUUUCACUCGUCUUUGGAGGGGACUUAGUUAUUGCGUUAACGUCCGUGGGAUUAACACUCCAUACCAAAUAAAAAAUGUUCCGGCAUUUGACUCCAAAAGGCCGGGGUGGGAAAUUACCAAGGAAGAUGAAGUCAAGUUCCUUGGUAUUAACCGCGAGAAUUUAUUCUGGAGACACCCGCAAGAUGGAUCUAUUACAGGCGAUGAAAUGGGUUAUAGAAUUGCGGUUACAAGUCUAAUGUGGUCGAUACUUAUCCCUCUUUCCGUAAACCUACAAUAUACCUUCCUCUCGAUUCUGGCAGUCAGCACCGGUGUUUCGGAACCAAAGAAUUGGCCACCACCAUUUGGUAGCCCAAAGGAUAGUUACACACUCCGCCUCUUUUGGGGGAAGUUUUGGCAUCAAACUCUCCGUUGGCAUUUUAGCAAACCGGCACAGUUUAUAACACGUAAAAUAUUUCAACUACCCAAGACCGGUUUGAUACAACGAUAUGUCAACACCUACGGAGUAUUCCUCAUUAGUGGUAUCUGGCAUGCGGGGCAAUCGUGGUUAAUGCUUCGUUCGCAAGGCCCGGAAAUUCAACAGGCUGGUUGGAACAGAGAACUAUUCUUCUUUACGGCCAUGGCAACUGGAAUAAUGAUUGAAGACGGGGUACAAUGGUUAUUCCGUAGCCAAAAGGUUAGGAAUGGGGAAGAAAAGGAAGGGUUGGUGGUUUGGAAACGGGCUGUAGGAUAUAUUUGGGUAUGGGGUUUCUUGGUACUUGUCGCCCCGUUCAUCGAUUAUCCCAAAUUUAGAGCUAGAUUGGCGACAUUCCUACCAGCUCAUCCAUUAAUUAUUUUGGAUCCGGAGUGGAAGAAUUAA